UUAAAAGAACUUAAAAGGGAUUAGGGCUUUUAUCCCCCGUCUUCGAUCUAAUCGAGCAUUUGAAAGGGAAUAUGAACGGUCAAGGUAUUCACGAAGGAACACAAUGGAGGCUGCAAGGUCCGAUGGAUUCCGAUCGAUUGCAGGCUGAGGUUGCGUCUCCGGGGUCGACGAGACCGAAGCGACAAAGGAACGAAGCAGCGAGCUCGUGCUCGCUCUCGUUCGGCUGCGAGGUGCAAAGUCCGGGCGUUGCAAGCAGCAGUAGCAUCGAAGACGAGACCUACGGAGGUAUGUGGUCCACUGGGAACAGAAGAGAAAGAAAGCGAGGGGAGGAGGUCCGAAAGGGAGUCCGGGAUGUGAGGUGCGAAGGUAUGGGAUUCGGUGUGGGUAAGAGGUUGCGAUGGAAAGGAGGCCAGAAAAGGGUGUGGUUAGAACAAGGAAAUCAGGUGGGAGCUUCGAUGGGUUUUGCUCGGCCGGAAGAAGGGAAAAGGUCUCCGGGUUUGAUCUUUCACAGGGACAGAGGCAACCACGAGAGGCUGCUGCCUCGUGGUCUCGCCGGAAGCUGCCACCACUUCCGGUGGUUCUUGACAGGGAACGAAUAUGAAGAUGGAAGUGAAAGGUGUUGGAGUGUUGUUCUCCUUUUGCUUAAACGAUCAAUGGAAGGGAAUGGCAGCAAGCAAACCCAUCUCUGGUGCUGGUACGAUGCAGUAGGAUAAUUGAACAGUGUUUAGGAAAACUUGUAGGCUUUCUUUUGGUUAGAUGAACAUUCCAACGUUGUAUAAUUGAUUGGUAUAGUGUAUAAUUUUUAUUUUGUUUUGGCUGUCAAUUUAGGAGGUGUAUUUGAUUUCAACUUUGCAAACAAUGUAUUGAUUUUAUCAUUCAUGUAUUUGUGUGAUGUAUUGGUGUAAUUAUUUAUGUAUUUGUUUGGAUUUAAAAACAAUGUAAUACCCUAAUUAUUUGUGCU